UCAGGGACAAGCUUUCCAGGCUGCAUUCUGAGUGUGAGACAACUAACCAGCGCUAAUGGAAAUACAGAGAAAUAUCGGGCCCCAACAGACAAACAGCAGCAGCAUGUGUGAAUCGACACAGAGGUCGAGCGAACCUCGUCGAAAACGAAUGGAUGAGCGCAGUGCGCCCUCAGAGAUGGCCAGGAUAAUCACUGACCCUGCCACUGGGAAGUGCUACUGCCGUGGAAAAGUUUUGGGAAAGGGAGGGUUUGCUAAAUGCUACGAGAUGACCGACCUCUCCACCAGCAAAGUUUACGCAGCCAAAAUCAUCCCGCAUGCACGCGUCUCCAAACCUCACCAACGAGAGAAGAUUGACAGAGAAAUUGAGCUGCACCGAGCACUGCACCACAAACACAUUGUGCAUUUUUAUCAUCAUUUCGAGGACAAAGAGAACAUCUACAUCCUGUUGGAAUACUGCAGUAGAAAAUCGUUAGCCCACAUCCUGAAGGCUCGCAAAGUUUUGACUGAGCCAGAGGUGCGUUAUUAUCUCAGACAGAUUGUAUCUGGACUGAAGUACCUGCAUGAACAAGAGAUUCUUCACAGAGACCUGAAACUUGGUAACUUCUUUGUGAGUGAGUCGAUGGAGCUGAAGGUCGGGGACUUUGGUCUGGCUGCCAAGUUGGAGCCUGCGGGAAACAGGAGGAAGACGAUCUGUGGAACUCCCAACUACCUGUCCCCUGAGGUGCUCAACAAGCAGGGCCACGGCUGUGAAUCAGACGUCUGGGCCCUAGGCUGUGUAAUGUACACCAUGCUGUUGGGCAGGCCCCCAUUUGAAACCACCAACCUGAAGGAGACAUACAGGUGUAUUAGAGAGGCGCGUUAUUCCCUGCCCUCCUCCCUGUCGCCACAGGCUAAGCAGCUAAUCACCAGUUUGCUAGCCAAGAUCCCAGAGGACAGACCUAACCUGGACCACAUUCUGAGGCAUGAUUUCUUCACACAGGGCUUCAGUCCAGAGCGUCUGUCAGCUAACUGUUGCCAUUCAGCACCAGAUUUCCACGUCUCUAGUCCAGCCAAGAGCUUUUUCAAGAAAGCUGCUGCUGCACUCUUUGGUGGGAAGAGAGACAAGGUCAAAUACUACGAGACUCUGAAUAAGUUAACUAAAGAGGAAGAGGAGAUCUACAAACUGCAGCAUGACCUGGAGAGAACUGUCAUCAGCCAACAACAGAGCAAAAAGAUUUCUGAGAAUGGAAGUCUACUUCCGCCAUCUGCUGAGAGCCCCGUUGGCCCUGCAACGGAGAGUCAGUCCCCGACAACGCAAGAUACCAUCCGUCUGAUCGUCAGGGGGAGUCUGGGGAGCUGCAGCAGCAGCAGUGAAUGCCUGGAAGACAGCACGACGGGGAGCGUGGCUGAGACUGUUGCAAGCGUGUUGAGGGGAUGUCUGGAGAACAUGCCUAAAGCCGACGACAUUCCUCAGGGCUCAAACAGCUGCAGUCUUCAAUGGGUGACUAAAUGGGUGGACUACUCCAACAAGUACGGCUUUGGCUACCAGUUGUCUGAUCACACCGUGGGAGUUCUCUUCAACAAUGGCACUCACAUGAGCCUCCUGCCAGACCGAAAGAACAUCCAUUACUAUGCAGAGUUGGGCCAGCGCUCUGUCUUCCCCACUUGCGAGGUUCCUGAACACUUUGUGAGCCAGGUGACUGUCCUCAAGUACUUUUCCCACUACAUGGAGGAGAACCUGAUGGAUGGCGGGGACCUGGGUAGUAUGACGGAUGCACACAUGCCCAGACUCUACCUGCUGCAGUGGCUUAAGUCCGACCGCGCCCUCAUGAUGCUCUUUAACGACGGCACUUUCCAGAUCAACUUUUAUCACGACCACACCAAGAUCAUCCUGUGUUGCCAGAGAGAUGAGUACAUGCUGACUUACAUCAAUGAGGACCGUGUCUCCAAAACCUUCAAACUCAGCUCCCUAUUGACGUCUGGAUGUCCCACUGACCUGCGUGAACGCAUGGUGUACUCCCUCAACAUGCUUCUGCAGAGAUGCAGCUAAUCCAAUAAUGUGUUUUGGAUGGCGUUACAAAGCCAAAUAUACACAUUGUGCUACUGCAGUGCUGCAGUGGAACCAGGAUUCGAAAGGAAUCUGUGUGAUAAGGACAAGUUUGAGGAUGGAUCUGUGAAAAGUUAAUGAACAUUCCUUCACUGUUGCACCUUCAUGACUCAGCAGAGGUGCAGGU